AUGAAGGAUAUCAGAGAUCUGUUAAAAUGCAAACCCAACCACUCUCCAAACACUAAUAGGAGAUCUCCUUCUCCAUCACACGAGAAUCUAUUCCAAAGUACCAAGAACCCCCCCAGUUACCCAAUUAUUAGCACCUCAGAGGUGGGUGAAAGAUAUACCCCCAUUUUCAAGUUCACCCACUUUAACCGGAUGCAAUCAAAGGCAUUUCCUUCAUUAUUUCAAACUGCCGACAAUUGUGUGAUUAGUAGUCCGACUGGGUCAGGAAAGACAGUCCUAUUCGAAAUGGCUAUCAUCAAGCUCCUCUCAACAAGUGCAAAAGCAAAAGUCUUGUAUCUUGCACCAUUGAAAGCACUCUGCACAGAAAGACUGUCUGAUUGGAAAUCUAGACUUGAACCACAUGGGAUUUCGGUAAGUCUUCUUACCGGAGACUCUAGCUACCAUGAUUUCCUGAAAGCAAAAUUCAGCAACAUUAUUAUAUCCACGCCUGAAAAGUGGGAUGUUCUUACUAGAUCUGAGAACGACACAAUGGCGAGGUCCGUGGAACUUUUGUUGGUAGACGAAAUCCAUACAAUCAAAGAGCCAAGAGGAGCAACUCUUGAAGCUGUUAUAGCGCGGAUGAAGACUUUGGUAGCCAAUCUCCGUAUCGUUUCCCUAUCUGCCACCGUUCCUAACAUUGAAGAUUUCUCCGCAUGGCUCGCCAAACCAGGAGCAACCUCUGCAACAACUCUGAAGUUCAACAGCUCGUAUCGGGCUGUCGCAUUACAGAAAAAAGUAUAUGGCUACAAGAGUAGAGCCAAUUCAAACGAAUUCCAAUUUGAAGCAUAUUUGAACUCGAAAUUGGUGGAAAUCAUUAAAACGCAUUCAAAUCAAAAGCCAGUUCUUGUGUUCUGCUCUACCCGGAACAGUGCCAUUUCAACAGCAAAAUUUCUAAGUUCAAAAUCUGGUACAUUUAUACCCAGACCAGCUCCAAUAUGCGGUCGGUUUCAGCCAGGGCUUUCGGAACUGAUCAACAGCGGAGUUGCAUAUCACCAUGGCGGGCUCACGUUGGAAGAAAGACGCACAAUUGAGUCAUGCUUCCUAUCUGGAACUGUUAGAGUCAUAUGUUGCACUUCAACACUUGCUGCAGGGGUCAAUUUACCGGCUUAUCUGGUAGUCAUCAAAGGAACAAACGUGUGGACGAACGGAUCACUUAAAGAGUACUCAGAGCUUGAAAUCUUACAAAUGAUGGGACGUGCAGGUAGGCCACAGUUUGGGAAAGAAGGAUCUUGUGUGAUAAUGACAAAACUGGAUCAGAAGCUCAAAUACGAGGGAUUGGUGAACGGAACCGAAGAGGUUGAAAGCCAACUGCUCCAUAAAUUGGAUGAAUUCUUGGUAGCAGGCGUGUCUCUUGGUCAUAUUACGAAUGCAGCAUCAGCUAUCAACUGGAUCAAAAGUACAUUCUUCUAUCACCGUUAUAUUCGAAAUCCUUAUGCAUAUUCAGAAGUCAUCAAAUUCAAAUUGUACAAGUCAACAGAGUCUCUGCUUGAGUCGUUCUUGCGUAGCAAAAUGAGAGAAUUAUGGAAUAGCAGGAUGAUCGAUAUCAGAGACAAAGAUUUUGUCUGCACAUUAUAUGGAACUACAAUGAUGAAGUAUUAUCUGAAUCCAAAGAGUAUCAGAGAACUGAUGAAGGAUGCUAAUCUUGACGUGGAGCAGCUGAUUGACAAAAUUUCUGAAUCACCUGAAUUUGAAGAAAUCGAGCUCAAAUCCAUGGAAAAGCAAUUAUUCAAGCUAAUUAACCUGCAACCGAAUAUCAGAUUCAAAACCAAGGCCAAGCCAGAGACUUCUGCGGAUAAAAUCAAGAUUCUUCUUCAGGCUGAACCAAGCGGAACUGAGAUUUCCAAUUUUCAAGGAUCAAAAACUUUAGCCCCAGGAUUCAAUUGCGACAAAGUCAUUGUCGCAAAAAAAUCCCAUCGACUCCUGCAAGCUGCUAUCGCCAUAUAUCAAGAAAAUAAAGACCUAUCGUCUUUGGAAUCGGCUCUCUACUUAGAAAGAUGUCUGACUUCCAAAGCAUGGGAGUCAACAUAUCUCGAGUUGCGGCAAAUUGAAGGAGUUGGUCUUGGGGGAGCUCAAAAGCUUAAAGAAAAUGGGAUCGAUAAUCUGUCUCAGGCCUCAAGACUUUCCAGAGAGCAAUUCAGUCAACUGAAAAUCCGAAAUGCAGAAAAGGUUUUUCAGAGCAUCAAGAGUUUCCCUGAUAUUAUACUUCAAUCCGCCGGAGCAUGCAUUGCAGUUAAUGGACAGCAGAUUCAAGAGAGCAUAAAAAUUAGCGUUUUGACAAAGAAUACCGGCUAUGAGCGAUCUUCUUUGAUUUACUUGCUUAUCAAGAAUAUGACAUCAAACAAUUUGAUAGAGCUUCGGACUUUUUCAACCAAAUACUGUAAGAAGAUUGAAUACGACUUACAGACGAAAGCUAAACGAAACGACAUCAUCCAGAUUACAGCUUCAUUUAAUGACCACGUCGGAUCCACCAAGACCACAUCGAUCGUCUGUACAGAAACAGAAGAAGAUUCAGGGUUUUCAGAUGAUGAUGAGUUAGAAAUUAUGUUAAUGCAACGUGAAAAGCGGAGACAUGAAGGGGAUAUAUGCGGAACAUCAAAGAAAUCAAAACGUGACACCUCACAGACAAUUGAGGAGGACUUGUUCACCGAUGUUAGCAACAACAACAUUUCGUUCACCAGUGUUUAG